AUGCGUGUCACAUUGCAAGUGCAUUAUUCAAGCAAGUGCUUGCUCGCUGGGCUGCUUGAUAGUGACAAAAACUCAAAACCCCCGGUUGGGCCGUUGUUGGUCAUGAGGUUCCUCGACCUUCUAGCGAAUGGAAUCGAGGACGAAAAAAAUGCAAGGACUCAUACCGCAUGUUCUUGUUCGACUUGGUCAUCAUCCCACACACCUGAAAAUUUUCUCCCUGUCUCUCCCCCCCUUCGGGCCCUCCCCUUCCUGCGUCCAGACCUUAAGGUGUUCUCCCCGGUCCCGAUCCCAAGGCCCCCCUGUAACCCUGCUCUACUUACCACACUGAUCCCAUCCCCGGGACCGCCAGCACAACUUGUCCAAGCCUCGGGUCCUCCACCCGGUACCUCCGCUCUUCGUCCGCGUUGCGAGGAGCAGUACGUACCCACAGCGCGCUACCUUACCGCACACCCUGGCCCUUCCAUUCUAAGCCCCAUAGCCCUCUAG